AUGAAGCGACGCAAUACCAGCCUCGACCGGCCAUAUCGUCUUGUGGAUCCUUUCCACAUCGAACGCGAUGAGCGAACGCAUGAAAAGUUCACUUUUAUUACGAAUGCCAUCCAUACUACAAAGUACAAUGUAUUAAAUUUUCUGCCCUUGUGUUUGCUUCACCAAUUCCGCCGGUCGGCGAAUGUGUACUUUCUAGUGAUCGCCAUCAUACAAUCAAUAAAGCAGCUUUCGCCUCUCACACCAAUAACGGCAAUUGCCCCACUUGUGAUGGUAGUUAGUGUUGGAGUGCUACGUGAAGCAUUGGAAGAUCAGAAAAAGCGUUCGUCUGAUGGCGCAAUUAAUUCCCGACCCGUCGUUGUACUAAGGAAUUUCGAAAUACAGCAAGUUGUAUGGGAAUAUAUAGAGGUUGGAGAUCUUGUUCGGAUUCACGAGAAGGAAGCAAUUCCAGCUGAUGGAGUGAUUUUAUCCAGUAGCGAAGAGAAUGGUUCAUGCCUCAUUGACACGAGUAACUUAAAUGGAGAAGCGAAUUUAAAAGUCCGUGGAUCGUUAGGUGUGACAACGAAGCUCGUAUUUGACUCGACUUCACGCGACAAAGAAAAAUAUUAUGUCACAUGUGAAGAGCCGAAUCAGGAUUUGUAUCGAUUCGCAGGAAAUCUUUCAAUCGAAUCAAAAACUUACAGCCUGAAUGAAAAACAAUUUCUUCCUCGCGGCUCGACACUGAUGAAUACAAAGUGGGUUAUGAUGCUUGUAGUAUACACAGGUCAUGACACAAAAGUUAUGAAGAAUGCUCGAGCGGCACAUCACAAGUUUAGUCACCUUGAAAUGCGAUUAAAUCAAAUUUUGUGGCUCGUUUUCUUCAUACAAGUGCUUUUGUGUGCAAUCGCGGCAUGUGUACAUUAUAUCCACUUGGAUAUUAAGCACCUCAAUUAUGCGGGCGAUGAGCACUCGAAGCUGGAAAUUCUGUUGCUUUUUCUCUCAUUUCUCGUGCUUAUGAAUACGCUCAUUCCAAUAUCUCUUGUGGUCACAAUCGAGAUCAUUAAAACAGUGCAUGCAAAGUUUAUCACGUGGGAUAACAGGAUGCGCAGUAGCAAUGGAGAGGGCGCUAUAGCCAACACAUCGUCUCUUACUGAUGAGCUUGGACAAGUUCAGUACCUUUUCACCGAUAAAACAGGAACAUUGACUCAAAAUCAAAUGGUUUUUCGAAAAUGUAGCAUUGGUGGAGUUGUUUAUAUCUCUAGACAGAUACAAUCCGUACUUGGUAGCACUUCUGGUGCAUCACUUGAAUUUGGUGGUGAGUGUCUUUCAAACCAGCUUCCUACAGUUUCGUCUUUUCGUCAAUGGUUAAAAAAUUUAGAUAGUCUAGAGAGCCGCUUAGCACUGGCAAUGGCUCUCUGUCACACUGUAGUUUGCGAAUAUGAUCGCACGACUGGAGCAAUGUCAUACAACUCGGAUUCUCCUGAUGAAUGUGCUCUGGUCCGUGGUGCGGAAGAAAUGGGCAUCAAAUUAUUUGAACGAUGUGGUCAUAAACUUUACAUUGCGAUUACUGAAGACGGUCGAUGUGGGUCACAAUUGAAAACUGUCACGAGCGUUUUAACUUUCGACAUUUUGCGCGUGCUUCACUUUUCAAGUGAUCGAAAGCGAAUGACAAUAAUUGUCCGAGACGAAAAAGGAACAGUGAAACUCUAUUGCAAGGGGGCUGAUAGUGUUAUUCUAGACCGCUGUGAUAAAUUUCUGUCAAAUAAAGAAGAGACCAUGUCACACGUGACACAAUUUGCUGAAGAGGGUUAUCGGACGUUAUUGUUUGCGGAGCGUGAUCUGGACGAGAUUUAUUUUACUUCGUGGCAAGAUCGAUAUGAUGUAGCUGAAUUAGACCUUCAGUCUAAGGAAAAAACGAUACAAGCACUGGUUGAUGAAAUUGAGCAACAGCUUACUUUGAUUGGAGCAAGUGCUAUCGAAGAUAAGCUUCAAGUGGGGGUUCCUGAGACAAUUUCUGAGCUUCAGAAGGCAGGAAUCAAGAUCUGGGUUUUGACGGGCGACAAGCUUGAGACGUCACUUGAAAUUGGCAAACUUUGUCAAGUCGUGACCUCAAAAAUGCAAGAGAUUAUUCUACGAGUAGCGACACGAGAGAUUUUCAUUGCACAGCUCGAAUGCGCUCUUCAAAAUUCAAAAGAAAGUCAAGCAGUGAUAAUCGAUGGCAAUGCUCUUACUUUAGCACUCCAUCCGACGUGCCGCCAAAAGUUUCUCAAAUUGGCGCUGCAGUCUGCAACUGUAAUUGUGUGUCGCGCAUCACCACUUCAGAAAGCUCUCGUGGUGGAAUGUGUUAAAGCAGGCGUUCCAGAUGUUACUAUGGCGGUUGGUGAUGGAGCCAAUGAUGUAAGUAUGAUUCGAGCGGCACAUGUUGGAAUUGGCAUUGUUGGUCAAGAGGGCAUGCAAGCCAUUCGAAGCGCAGACUAUGCCGUCCAACAAUUUAGUCAUUUAAAUCGACUUCUUCUGUACCAUGGUCGCCUAUCAUAUCUUCGGACGAGUCAAUGUAUCGACUACUUUCUCUACAAAAACAUUGUCUUUACCUUGCCCCAUUUCAUAUACGGAGUCCUAUCAGCCUUUUCAGCUCAGACAUUCUUUUGUGAUUUCUAUAUCACAGCCUACAACGUCGCGUUUACGGCCCUCCCCGUCACAGUUCGCGCAAUUUUAGAGACGGAUUUACCGCAAGCAAUUGCAUGCAAGUAUCCUGAGCUUUAUCGAUUUGGAGCAAAUGACAUGUUUUUCUCGCCUCGGACAAUGGCAAAGUCUUCGAUUUUUGCACUCUAUCAUGCUGUUAUUGCUACUUUUGUACCUGUCCUCCUGGCCCAGCACAAUAAUAUUGGUGAAGGGGAUUCGUUUUGGGUAGCCAGUGUUGCCUCGUUCUUCUAUGUUGUACCCAUUGUUCACAGUCAGAUCUUUUUCGAAACAUUGAAUUGGACGUGGUUGAGCUUCCUGGCAUACACGCUGUCUCUGGGGGCAUUUCUUUUCUCUAUCGCCGUCUACGAUCAAUUUACUAGCGACGUACACGGUACUUGGAGGAAAGUAGUAGGAAAAGAAGGCUUCUGGCUUGGAUUUGUAUUGUCUCUAGCCGCCUGCAUUCUACCUGUCAUAGCGUACAAGUGUUACGAAGAAAACUUUGACUCAUUUCAUCCUGUUUACAUUCUUCGGCGAACACGCUUGCGCAACAAGAUUGCCGACUCGUCUGGAGUGAUCACUACGUCUAGUAAUCCCACUUUAUCAACCGCUAUCGUCCCACAUCUUCGUUGA